ACUAACUAGUUUCCCUGGCGUUAUCUAGCUGGCUAACUGUAGCGUUAUGUAACUAGUUAGAAAGGUACAGGGCGAACGGAAGAGCUGUGUGACUGAAGCUGGACAGCGGAAUAGAUUUUGUAAUAUUUGGAAGUGUUUAGAGGAUUAAAAAAUAGAUUCGGGACAAAAUGUGAAGGACAGAUGAAUGUAAAGAGUAUUCAUUUUCUCAUCGGUGAGAGAGAGGGGGGGGAUUACAGUGCAGGGGUGUGUAUGCGAAGUUUGAUUAUAGUCGUUCUUCUUUCUGUUAGCAGCUCGCUGCUCGCUUUGCUGUCCUCAAGAGUAAGUAAAACUGUCAUUAAGCGGGCUAAGCCCCGGACAUAAGAGCUCGGUUUGGGCUGGAGCUCAGGGGAUGUUGUCCGUGCUCUCCUGUGGUAGACUGCUAGCCCGGGCUGUCAUCGGCGGCCUUUCCCAAACAGACAGCCGCGAUUACAGACUCGUAUCAGCUAGCUUUGGAUAUGGGAAAGAUUUCCGAAAGGGUAUUUUAAAGAAAUGCAUGUGCUAUGGUGAUGACGCCUGGUUUAUUGCACGACACAGAUCCGCUGAUGUUCUAGGUGUAGCUGAUGGAGUUGGUGGUUGGCGGGAUUAUGGAGUAGAUCCUUCUCUGUUUUCUGGAACUCUCAUGAGGACAUGUGAGAGAUUGGUCAAGGAAGGCCACUUUGUGCCUAGUAACCCUGUGGGAAUCCUCACUACCAGUUAUUACGAGCUCCUUCAGAACAAAGUUCCUCUAUUAGGAAGCAGCACAGCUUGUAUAGUGAUGCUGGACAGACAAAGUCACCGGCUUCACACAGCAAACUUGGGAGAUUCGGGCUUUCUGGUUGUUCGAGGAGGGGAGGUAGUGCACAGGUCUGAUGAACAGCAACACUAUUUCAACACACCCUUCCAGCUUUCAAUUGCCCCUCCGGAGGCAGAGGGCUCUGUUCUUAGUGACAGUCCAGAAGCUGCAGACAGCACAUCCUUCGAUGUCCAGCUAGGAGACAUCAUCCUCACAGCUACAGAUGGGCUCUUUGACAACAUGCCAGACUAUAUGAUCUUGCAAGAACUCAGAAAAAUCAAGAACACCAAUUAUGAGAGCAUCCAGCAGACAGCCAAGAGCAUUGCAGAACAGGCCCAUGUUUUGGCAUAUGACCCCAAUUAUAUGUCACCUUUUGCACAGUUUGCUUGUGACAAUGGACUGAAUGUAAGAGGAGGAAAGCCAGAUGACAUCACUGUCCUACUGUCUAUUGUUGCUGAGUACACAAACUGAUGUGACUGCACUGCUCCACUUGUCCUCUUCAUUAGAAUGGUCAUUGCUUCCUGCUGGCAGGAUGGGGGGGAGCAGUUUUCAUGUCGUUGCCAAGGACCAAACCCUGAUCCUCUUCAUUGGAUUUUAACAAAUCUCAUCUCAGUCUGGCUUUUACAGCUUCAUGUAAACCAUUUUAAAAUAAGUAUUAAAUCAAUUAGUUUUAUGAUGGGUGAGACCAAUCCAUUACAUUAACCCCUCUGCAGGAAUAUGCAACCUAAAGUUAGCCAUUGAGAGGAUUAACAUUGUUCCAGCAGGGAGCUGUGUGGAGAUGAUCAUGAAAAUUGCAAUAUUAUGCUAGAAGAGUCUGAGUAUGGAGUUUUUAGUGAUGUUCAGAUACCAAUGGCAAACGUAGAGGACAGUGAUUCAUGAUGAAUCUCAGAAAAUAGUUAGUUUGGCCUAGAAUUAUCAAUCUUUAAAAAGCCAUUUUAUUAAGCUCGUGUAUAUUCUUGGCCAAUCUACCUGUAAAAUGGCUCUGCAUAAAUGUGUAACAUCACAAUGCGGGAGCCAGGGUAAAGGGAAGUUGUACUAGAGGCUCCUGAGUGGCACAAGAGAAAAGCAUUCACCCUAUCUUCAACUGGAGCUCGCUAGUUCAAAUACUGAUGAUGCCACAGCCAAAAAUAAUGUUUGAGAGGGAAGUACGUUAUGCUGCCCCAACUUUGCAUGAGCAGCAGUUUGAAAAGAUGUGGUUGGCUGGCAUCAUAUACCUUGAAGGAAAUACAAAAUAGCCUUCACUCUUCCUGGUUCUUAGCUGUCAUGUAAUAGGGGAGGCCAUGACUAAAUUAGGGAGAAAAUGAUGGAAAAUCCUAUCUCCUCUCC